AUGGAAGUGGAAGAGAGCGAGAUAGUGCCUCCUGACUGCCUGCGGCCACGCUCCUUCACCACCGUGCGUUCCUCGUCCCUGCGCCGCGACGUGGACGACUCCCGCCUCUCCGUCUCCCUCUGCGACCUCAACCGCCAGCAGGACGAGAGCAACGCCGCCAACGCCAACCCCCACCGCCACACGCUGCACCUGGCCUCCACCUCCUCCUCCUCGGCCUGCCCCAUCCCGCAAAACUCCCUCAACUCCCACCACUCCUCCCUCUUACCCUCGUCUCUUGAAAGCGACCUGCACUUCCACCAACUCCGAGGCGCCAAUAUCAAGACUCUAGACGAACAGACGGUGGCGAGGUCGGAGCACGCCAGAGAAGAGCGCACGCUAGUCUUCACCAAUCGGCCUUUGCGGAUCGGCGAGACGGUUUUCAUCAAAGUGACCAAGUCCAGCCCGGCCAGGUCUGGGUCGUUGUCCUAUGGCGUGACGUCGUGCGAUCCUGCCGUGUUGCGUCCCAGCGAUUUGCCGUACAACCCGGAGGCGCUGGUGGACCGGAAGGAGUUCUGGGCGGUUUGCCGGGUGCCCGCGCCCCUGCAGAGCGGCGACAUCCUGGGGUUUUUGGUGAACCAGGAGGGAGAGGUGAUCCUGAGUCACAACGGGACCAGCGUGGGGAUGCAGGUGUGCGUCGACAACUCCAGGCCGCUGUGGAUGUUCUUCGGACUUCACGGAGCCAUCACCCAGCUCAAGAUCUUAGGUUCGACCCACGGUGCAGACACAGGGGCGACCUCCGGACCCAGCUCUCCCUCCUCCUCCCCUCACACCCCCAGUGCUUUGGGCUGCGGCGGCUCGGAUCUGGCCCUGAACGGAGGUCUGUGCACCGCAGCCUACUGCAGCUCAGUAGGAGGUACAACCCCCAACUCCCCCAUCAGCCUUCCCAAGUCGCCAACGUUCCCGACGGGCCACGCUCCCUGGACCGACGAGUGCUCCAUCUGCUACGAGAACACGGUGGACACGGUCAUCUACGCCUGCGGCCACAUGUGUCUGUGCUACACCUGCGGCGUCAAGCUCAAGAAGAUGUCCAACGCCUGCUGCCCCAUCUGCCGCAGACAAAUCAAAGACAUCAUCAAGACCUACCGAAGCACGUAG